UUACAAUUUUUUUAGGAAAAUACUUCAGAGGUUGAGAUAUGUUUAGAUUAAGAAUGAAAUUAUCUUAAUUCAUACAUUUGCUUAAAUUUAUAUGGGUAGAAUGUGAUAAAACUCUGAGCUACAGCCCACAGGCCAGAGGUCCUCCUAGCCUGGCCGAGACUGCUUCCCCAUCCUCAAUUCGACGGUUAAUACCAUGUGAAUUGCAGUAUCGACACGCAUCCAGUUGCAGUAACUCGUAUUCUUACCGACCUCAUGCAAUUUAUUCUAUCAUCUCCUUCACUUCUCAACUUGAACUGGCUUUUCACACUGCAAUACAACAAAACCCACAGUUCCCGAUCGACUCUUUUGAACUAAACGGACCCAACGCUGUGACUGAAUGUAUACUUCUCAAAAAUGAAGCGUAUCAAGAAAAACCCGGAUAGUGAUUCGGGAAACCGCUCGGAUCCUGAUGGGCAAAAUGCCAUAAUGAGAGAAACAGAAAGGAAAUGUGGCGGGUUUAACUUGAACCUGAUGAGAGUAAUGGGUAUACUGGUGGCUAUAUUGAUGGUUAUUUCAGUUGUGUUUUCAGUAUCUGUUGUUCUUAAAGACCCACCAUCUGAUACUGCUUUGGAAUCUUCACAAGCAGCAAAUGUCUUUCAAGUUAAACAAGAAAAAGUCCUAGGUUCAGAAGGUUUCUCAAGGCCUGCUGGGGACCCUUAUGACAAGCUGCUCGGUGGUCUUCUUGCUGCUGGAUUCAGUGAAAGAACCUGUCUCAGCAGGUAUCAAUCAGCCUUUUAUCGCAAAGAACUACCCCAUAAACCUUCUUCUUACCUCAUUUCUAAGUUAAGAAGUUAUGAAAUUCUCCACAAAAGAUGUGGACCACAUACUGAAUUCUAUAAAAAAGCUCUUGAACAACUGAAGUUCGGUAAUCAGCAGGCAUCCUCUGAUUGUAGUUAUGUAGUAUGGAUCUCUUAUAGUGGGUUAGGGAAUAGGAUACUAACAUUAGCUUCUGCAUUUCUUUAUGCUCUUCUAACAAACCGAGUCCUACUUGUGGACCCUGGAAUUGACAUAAUUGAUCUCUUCUGCAAACCAUUUCCAGAGGUCUCCUGGUUUCUUCCAACAGAUUUCCCCCUUAGAGAUCAAUUCAAUAGCUAUAAUCAAAUGUCUCCUAGCUGUUAUGGAAGAAUGCUGAAGGAUAGCAGUUCUACAAAUUUACAUGCACUAAAGCCUCCAAGUCAUGUGUAUCUCCAUCUAAUUCAUGAUUAUAAUGACCAAGAUAAACUUUUCUUCUGUGAUGAAAAUCAGGCAUUUCUUCAGAAAAUACCCUGGUUGAUAAUGAAAACAGAUAACUACUUCAUCCCAUCCCUCUUCUUGAUCCCAUCUUUUGAGCAAGAACUGAAUAGCCUAUUCACAAACAAGGAAACAGUUUUCCACUUCUUGGGUCGAUAUCUUUUCCACCCCACAAAUUCAGUAUGGGGACUUAUUACUAGAUACUAUCAUGCUUAUUUGGCUAAAGCAGAUGAAAAAAUAGGCAUCCAGAUCAGAAUAUUUGAUUCUGGGACUGGUCCUUUCCAAUAUGUGUUGGAUCAGAUACUAUCUUGUACUACAAAGGAGAAAAUACUGCCUGAAAUUAACAGGCAGGAUCCCAGCACCAGUCAAUCUGGAGACUGCAAGUCUAAAGCUGUGGUGGUGACAUCUUUAAGCCCCUGGUACUCUGAGAAGAUGAGAAACAUGUAUUGGGAACAUCCAUCCAUGACAUCUGAAUCAGUUGGUAUUUACCAGCCAAGUUAUGAAGAGUAUCAGCAAACAGAAAAGCAGAUACACAACAGAAAGGCAUGGGCAGAAAUGUAUUUACUGAGCUUAACUGAUGUGCUAGUCACAAGCUCAUGGUCUACGUUCGGGUAUGUGGCUCAAGGUCUCGGAGGGUUGAAGUCUUGGAUACUCUACAAACCUGAGAAUCAGUCUGCUCCUGAUCCACCGUGUGUUGGAGCCAUGUCGAUGGAGCCUUGUUUCCAUGCACCUCCUUUUUAUGACUGCAAGGCUUGGAGAGGGAUUGACACCGGUGCACUAGUGCCUCAUGUGACGCACUGUGAGGACAUGAGCUGGGGUCUCAAGCUCGUCGAUGUUAAGAAUUGGGUGUAACGGAUUUUUUCUGCUGUAAUUGUUGGUGAUGAUAGUUAUCCGUGUAUGUUGUACAUUAGAAUCACUAGUAUUUCUGUACAUUGUAGUGUUUUAUAAAGACUCUUGAUUCUCGGUGAAUAUUCACAUGCAAUGAUCGCCGUGAAAAGUCGUAUCACUUGGUUGUGUACUAGAAUGUUUAACAUCUUGUGCAUAUCAUUAUUAGCUGUUUCCCUUCCAGAUCUUGAACUUCACUUAAUAGAAGAAAAUUACAUGAUGUUAUUGAA